AAAAGAUGCCUUCAGGAGCGGGCCGAGCAGGGAGAGUCACUUAACAGAAGGAAGAACUGGAGCGGUGGGGAGGAGUCGGGGUCACCCCCGCCCCCAGCCUCGAGUAGGUGCCACCCGCGGAGAUGAAAUGUGAGCCUCGGUGGCCGAGGACUCCGGACCCGCCGCUUAGCCCGCCUCAGGAGCCCCGGGGACAGACAAAGAGACCUUGGCCCCAGCGCAGUCCCGCGCGGCGGUCGGGCUCGCCUCCGAGACUCCCAGGGCCAUGGCCAGGUCUCCGCGCCACCCCGCUCUCCGGAGCGUCGCCCUCUCCAUCUGACCGCCCUCCAGCGCCCCCGUCCCCUCCCGGUUCCGGGCUGUCCCUCGACUUCGAGCCCUUUGCGCGCAACCUCCGGCCACUGGCUUGGAUGGACGCGCGGAGGCUGCCCGGGUGUCCAGGGGUCUUGCUUCCGAAGUUGGUGCUGCUCUUUGUCUACGCAGAAGAUUGCCUUGCUCAGUGUGGCAAAGACUGCAAAUCUUACUGCUGUGAUGGAACCACACCCUACUGUUGCUCCUACUAUGCCUAUAUUGGGAAUAUUCUCUCGGGCACAGCCAUUGCUGGCAUAGUGUUUGGCAUCGUAUUCAUCAUGGGGGUCAUUGCUGGAAUUGCUAUAUGUAUCUGCAUGUGCAUGAAAAACAACCGUGGGCCCCGGGUGGGCGUCAUCAGGACCACCCACAUCAAUGCCAUCGCCUCCUACCCUGUAGCACCACCCCCGUAUAGUUAUGACCACGAGAUGGAAUACUGUGCAGACCUGCCUCCUCCAUACACCCCGACCCCAGCUCAACGUUCCCCACCCCCUCCUUAUCCUGGAAAUUCAAGGAAGUAAUCCCUCUCCCAGAACCGAAUAUGUGUCAAUCAGAGAUCUCACCCACAAUAAAAUGCCUCUACUCAGAAACAGACAGGAAAGGGUUGCCCUAAGGAAGAUCCUUUUGAGUCAGACAGUAUGUCAAGUUGACUGUCAAGGCCAAGAGAAGAAAUACAGGGUUUCCACUCUACUCAGGGCUGAGCCCAUCUGGAGUGUUUGUUGGGUUCAAUGGGACCACAUUUGAAGAGAUCUACCGAUCAACAUAAGCACACUCAGAAAAGAGUAAAAGAUAGACAAAACACCUGAAAUUCAUGUUGCUGAAGGAACAGAUGAAGGAAAUUGCAAUCUUUGUCCUGAAAAGGAGAAGAUUCAUGGAAGACGAGAGGAUAGCCUGGACUACCUAAGGAAACAACUAUACUCUAUAGCUUUAAAAUCAGAACUAGAAUCGUUCAAUCUUUUUGUUCAGCAACAAAUGCAGAUCCGGGUGCCUGAGAGCCUACUCUGUGCCUUAUGCUGUUGGAAGCACUGGAUGGAAUUUACAGGAGGGGGACUUUGGUUUCAGUAGAAGAAAGGGCAGUUGGAGCUUUCUUAUUGACUAGAUGGCUUUGUGAAACUCCCUGUCACUGUCACCGAGACUCUAAACAGCUUGGCUUGGCUAUCUGGCAGAGCAUACUCAAGAAGGAAGAGCUAAAUCAGAUGAGAGAUGCAGGCAGUGGGCCCCCAGAGUUCUGCUCAUGUUUUAGGUAGAUGUGAGCUGAACUUCCUGCCACCAGGAAUGCAAACAACAGGAACAGUUGAAUCUUAUCUGUUUCAUAUGAGACUUAGCAUCAAAGGGACUCAACAGCUGCUUGAAGCCAAGAACUCUUCAGCAAUAGUUACUGCCAGCCAAAAAUCACCUGACUUUACUUAGCAUAUUGAAAAUUGAUUAAAGGUUAUGAAAACUGUAAAAAAAAAAUUGUACCAAGUUCUAUAAGCAACAAAUACUUUACUUCAGAUUAAAAGAUGAGAAGCCAAAUACUCCCAUGGGAUCAUACAUCAAGGGGUAAAAUUUCAGAACUUGACCAGGAAGAUAUAUAAUACUUUACAAAAAGGAAGAGAGAAAAAUAAAGUUUGGAUUCUGUUUAGUAGAAUUCCAUCCAUGUGCAGCUUAGACAAAUUUAUGUUUCUCUUAUAUUUUAAUAAUCUAUUCUCUUGAAAAAGUUACACAGUUAAAGGAAGAUAAGAUAUUGACAAUAGACUGUUGCCUUUUGCCAAAAUCCAAAUUUUAUGAAGUGCCUACCUUUAGGUGUUAAAGUUUUUAAUAAAUAAUUCUAAUAUGCCAUACUUUGCAGCAAGUGACCUUAACAUUUCUGGUUUUUAUGUGGAUCUUUUCAUGUGUUCAAAAUUGUACAUUGAGAAAAUAUUGGGAAUAGAUUAUCAAACUGGUGUGUCACUUUGCAAUUAAAUCUAAAAUGUUUCAUCCAGGGAGUUCCUGUUGUGGCGCAGCAGAAACGAAUCUGACUAGGAAACAUGAGGUUGCGAGUUUGAUUCAUGGGUUAAGGAUCUGGUGUUGCCAUGAGCUGCGGUUUAGGUGGCAGAUGUGGCUUGGAUCCCAUGUUGCUGUGGCUCUGGUGUAGCCCGGCAGCUUCAGCUCCGAUUGGACCCCUAGCCUGGGAACUUCCAUGUGCUGUGGGUACAGCCCUAAAAAAGCAAAAAUAAAUAAAUAAAUAAAAUGUUUCAUCCAACAUCAUCAUCAUAAUUCAGUGAAAUCCCAAAAUAAUGCUAAGAAUUUUGCUAAAUAAAACAAAAGAAAUGUCUUAAGGUAAAAAUUAUAGCUCCCAGAGUUUCUGCUGUGGCUUAGCGGGUUAAGAACCCAGCACAGUGUCCAUGAUGAUUCGGGUUCAAUCCCUGGCCUUGUUCAGGGGGUUAAGGAUCCAGCAUUGCUGUGGCUGUGGCAUAGGUUGCAGCUGUCGCUCAGAUUCGAUCCCUAGGCUGGGAACUUCCAUGUGCUGCAGAUAUGACCCUAAAAAAGAAAAAAAAAAUUACAGCUCCCAUACUUGUAGUUAGGAAACUCAGUAGCUAAUAUAAGUAGCAUAUUUUACUUUCAAAUCCAUUGAUCUGACUGAAAUACUGUCUGCCAGUAAGAUCGAAAAGCGAGAUUUGUUUUGAAUGAUUUGCUUGAUUUUUCGGCACUGGUGAUGUUCUUGCUUACGAAGACAGAGAGCAUUCAGGCAUCCCAGCUUAUCCUAGUCACUGAGAUGUUAGCACAAUUUUAACAGCACAUAUGCUUUAAUUUAUCUCUCUUCUGCUAGUGUGAUCAGACCCAGUUACAGUGGCGCUCCACGAUUCCAAGUGCUAGGGUUUCUGUGACAUUCAGAAUGAUGCUUCCCAGAACUCAUAUAUUCCUUAAGAAAAAUGGGGAGGAAAAGCCCAGCAGAAAUUGAAUUCUCAUCAUUUUUGCUGUCAAUAAAUGUUCGCUGGGUAUCUCUUACAUUCUGCAAACAUUACCUACAUAGGACAUAUUACAAUCCAUGCCAUCUCUUCUUUGAGUUGUUUUAUGGCUUCCCUUAAGGCAUAACACAAGCCAUAGACCUACAAUAGAUGAGUAUUUUUAUUAUUUGUAUUUAGUGUCAAUGGUAGCAUAAAUGUGCACAAUAUCAGUAUCGACUUUUGGAGGUCACUGAUUAUUUUCAUAGAUGAUACAUCUGGGGGGGGGAGUAAACAACAUGAAAGCUUUGAAUUAUGGUUAUUUAAAAACUAAUGUAUUUGCUGUGGCCAAAAUGUUGACAAUAAGCAAUAAAAUGAAAUAACCCAUUAUAAUAAAGAGUUAUAAUGUAAA